CGGGGUGAUGGCCAAUUUGCUUCCGGGGCUAAGCCGUGGAAGGUAACAGCCUCGUGUUCGUCCUAUAAGUAGGAGAUCACCGAUCGGUGAGAGAUCUACAAAGUUCCGGCUGAUUAUAUGCUUGAAAGGCAUGCCGGGUCAGGCCUAGGGAUCUGAGCUCGAGGAUGAGAUCUGGAUCGGGUAGAGUCGAGAGUGCCUAAAGGUCGCCUGCAAAGAUAGAGACGGUCACAUUUCCGCCGGUCAAGUAUUGUGUCAUCGAGUUCAUUCAUCUCAAAGCGGGACAAUCAAAAUCUCACGAUCAUGCCUCGAGGUGUUGUGUGAGCAACACGACGACAGCAGUCUUGAGGCGUGUGAAGCCUGCUCAUCACCUCGGCAAACGAAGAUCGGACCCCACCGCGCUGGAGAAGAGGAAAGCAGCAUCCAUGCCAUAGGCUCAGGUGUAAGCUCGGAAAGACUGACCAGUGCCGGUGACCAGUUACUUUGAUAAAUGGCUUGGGACCUCUUGGGACUCGCUUGUACCUCGGCCUGUCUGAGUCGCCCCGGUCAAGUACUUGUUCCGUCUUCACUGCAUUGAAAACACGUACCUCCUGUGAACUGCCUAUUUCUGCCUCUCUCACGGGUAUCACUCCGCAGUCCUCCUUCUACGUGCUCCGCAGCUACUACCGCGAUACGAUUUCUAAAACAACAUGAUCAUCGAUGAGAAGACCGCUAUGCAGAUCCCCCCUCCUCCACCGUAUGCGUCAGCGAACGUCGUACCGAUUAACACGGCACCUCCGCCAUUUCCUCACACGCGCGCGAAGCCCACAUUGCUGUCGCUUCCUCCGCACAUCUUGCUACAAAUCAUCUACAUGACGUUUCCGCAGACGCAUGGAAUCGACAGCGGCAAGCUGGAAAGGCAACGUAGGACGUUGUAUUGGCUCUCUGACUCUCUACGGCUGGUGAGCCGUACUCUCUAUGUCGGUGCGUUCCUGCAGCAUCAGUCGACUUGGAGAAGGCUUUCUCACCCAGCGCAAGCUUGCAUGCACGUUCUGCGCUCUGCGUAUCUCCCUGCAUAUCAAUCUCUCAUCCGCGUACCGUACUCGUCGGAUCCAUUUCCCGUCGUAGCUCAGUCGGCGUUCCCGUCGACAACGGGCGCAACUGAUAUACAUCUGUCCACGGGCCACCGUGAGACAACUAUCCUGGACCUCUUCAUCGCGCUGAAAGUGAGAGAGGACGUAUGGGCAGAUGAAACGGAGCUCUAUCUCGAGAGAGACGAAUCUUUCCGAGAUCUGUUCGAUCUCUCACAACCGCGUAGCAGGCUGGAAGAUCUCGUCAAUCUGUAUGGGGUUCGAGAGGGCGUGGUGUGUGGUGACGGAUGCUGCACUCCAGUCACACCUUCUAGCCCAAGCUCUUCACCGACGACCGGUAUGUUCCGCCCCGCGUCGACGCCCGUGACACGGCCAAUCAGUGGGAUAGUCCGUGCGAGAUCGAAGAAACCGGCGCCCGUCCCCUUCUCGGCCCUGUCUGUCUCGUUCUCCACACGCAAAGUCGGGCUGCAGCUGGAAAGUGCUGGAAAAAGCAAGCGCACGAUCCUAGAUAUUGCAAGAUCCCGCAACGAGCGGCUGGAGGUGGCGGCGCAACAUCUUGUGCGUGGGCUCGCUGAAUGGCUGCAGCAAAGGUAGUCUCCAUGUAUCUCUAUCUCACUGUAGCCCUUCUUGUACUAUGUGUAUGCACUUGUCCUCUAUGCUUUG